GCACCGCCAGCAGCUGGAGGCGCUGCAGACGGAGCUGGAGCACGAGAUGCGGCAGCAGCUGCGCCGGCAGGCCGGUGCCCACUCUGACCACCUGCAGGACGUGCUGGCCGUGCAGGAGCGUGAGCUGAAGCGGCGCUUCGAGGCGGCGCACGAGGACCGGCUGCGCGCCGAGCGGCACAAGUUCCAGGCCGAGCUGGCCGUCGUCAUGGGCGAGCUGAAGGGUGUCCGGGACGCCAUCACAGCGCGCGCCGAUCUGGACCGGGCGGCGCACCACGCGCAGGAGAUGUGGGUGGCGUGUCAGGGCCUGAAGCAGGCCAUCCGCACCGGCCAGCUGGGCGCCGCCAGCUGGCAGCAGCAGCUGAAGCCGCUGCGGGACGAGGUGGCCGCCAUCCGGCAGGUGGCAGGCGAGGCCAACCGCUUCGUGGAGUCGGUGCUGACCAGCCUGCCAGAGGAGGUGCUGGAGCGCGGCGUGUACACCGAGGACGCCCUGCGCGAGCGCUUCUGCAAGGUGGAGCGGCUCUGCAAGCGGGUCAACAUGAUCGACGACGAGGGCGGCAGCCUCUUCAAGUACGCCCUCAGCUACCUGCAGUCGCUACUGGUGGUGGACGCGUUCGAGCGGCUGCCGGGCAAGGAGCAGCGCGACGAGUCGAUCAGCCCCAAGCUCAACACGUACGAAAUCAUCGCGCGAGCCAGGUACUGCGUGGACAAGGACGACCUUCUUCAGGCGGUGCGCUACAUGAGCCUGCUGCAGGGUGAGCCGCGGCUCGUGGCCUCCGACUGGGUGCGCGACACCCGCCUCAUGCUGGAGGCUCGCCAAGCGGCCGACGCGCUGCUCGCGCACGCGGCCGCCACAGGCCUGCAGGCGCUCUGAGGAAACCCUAGUUGCGCCGCGCGCCGCUAGAUGUCAGUAUAUAUGCGUCGUGAUGGGUGCAGCGGAGAGCGAACGCGUCGUGAGGGGUGUCGCUUCGGAGGUGGUUGCUGCGGCGGUCUGCUGGUGAGGCCCGAGCAGUCUGUUCAAGGGUACGUGGUCAAGAGCUUCACGUAGAUGUGCCGUGACGACCUAUCGCGAGGCAUCGGGCUGUUUUCCCGCAUCGCGCGGAUAGGUUGGGAACGUGCAGGCGCCUCGGUGCGUGUGUGUUGCAUACAUGCGUCCCUGCGUCCUCGACCACCGGUUUUUCAGUUACGUCUCGAUGAACCACGUGGUCGGAGGUUAGGGUUUCGCCACAGAGCAUGGCUGGGAAUUUGAGCUGUCCUUAACACCGCCCGAUGCCCCUGUGAUCGCGCAGUUCGGUGCGUUGUGUUGGUCGUGGUUGGACCGGCUACCGAAUAAACAAUGCAUUGCCA